CUGUUUUGUCUUUCCACUCUUUGAGCUCAUCCACUAGCCUAGAGGAGCCGAUGCUUUUGCUUCCAUGGUAACCCUCUCGUCUCCAUCUCCCUCGCUCUCUUUUGUUGAGGGCGGAACAUGUAAAGCGUCUCACGUGUCUCGGGUCCUAUUCUCCGGUCCCGAUACGAAUCACGGCGAAUCCUCGGAAACCAAUAUACUCAGAGAUGUUCAUAUCUCAGAAAGAUUGUUGGAAGAUUUCACCGAGCUCGCGAGAGAGAACACUGAGAAGGACCUCGAGACUUGUGGGACUCUUGCUGCCUUUCUUGAAAGAGGGAUUUUUUACGUAACAACUCUGAUAAUACCUAAGCAAGAAUCAACUUCUAAUUCUUGUCAAGCUAUGAAUGAAGUGGAAGUGUUUUCCAUACAGAACGAAAGAGAACUUUAUCCCGUAGGAUGGAUUCAUACUCAUCCUUCUCAGGGGUGUUUCAUGUCAUCAGUAGAUCUGCAUACACAUUACUCAUAUCAGGUAAUGGUGCCCGAGGCUUUUGCAAUCGUUGUGGCUCCAACCGAUAGCUCUAAGAGUUACGGAAUAUUUAAGCUAACGAACCCGGGAGGAAUGGAGGUACUGAGAAGCUGCUCCGAGACUGGAUUCCACCCGCACAAAGAACCAGAAGAUGGGAACCCAGUUUAUGAGCAUUGCUCUAACGUCUACAAGAACUCUAACCUUCGGUUUGAGAUAUUUGAUCUGCGUUAAGGUAACAAUCCUUCCAUGGCCUUAUCAGUUAUCAGUAAAGGUUCAAGCUUAAGCCACUCUGGGCAAAGGAUGUUGAUAAUAAUCGGAACUGUAUACUUAGUCUGAGGAGACUGUCACAUUGAGGUUCUGAACACACAAUGUUAAUAAACUAAGGUAAGUAACUGAAUCGUAAAUUGAAAUGUCCUAAUAUUUGUAUCAUUUGAAUCCAUUAUGGAAGAACACUUAAACAAUGACAGUUGACAUCUGUAUAAUGCAUAACCUGGCUUCUAUUUUGUCCAUACAAGUA